AUGUGGUUGCUUUCUACUGACCACCUGGAGCUGGUCCAUUUCGAUCGUUUCGAUCAAGUUCCUGGCGGAUAUGCGAUACUCUCGCACGUCUGGCAGGCCUCGGAGCAAUCGUUCCAAGAGGUUCAGGAACUGCAAAUUGCUGGCACGCCUUACGACGACCCUAUUCUGUCCGCGAAAAUCCGUGGUUGCGUGCAAGCGGCCAAGACGCACGGUCUCGACUGGCUUUGGAUCGAUGCGUCCUGCAUCGACAAGAAGAGCAGCGCAGAACUCUCGGAGGCGAUCAACUCGAUGUUCAGCUGGUACGCUGAGGCCCAGAUCUGCUACGCCUACCUCCAGGACGUCCCGAAUUCUUGUCUUCUCAAUUCACCCGGCUCCGCUUUCAGAGCGAGUAGGUGGUUCACCCGCGGCUGGACGCUGCAGGAGCUCAUCGCGCCCCGAUGUCUCGUCUUCCUGUCCUCCGAGUGGACACAUCUAGGGACCAAGGCUUCUCUAGCGCCUCUCCUCUCGGAGAUCACUGGCAUAGAUAUAGAAGUCCUAACAAACCGGAGGGAGCUGCAGCAAGUGAGCGUCGCACGCCGCAUGUCAUGGGCCUCCAAACGCCAGACCACAAGAGUGGAGGACGAGGCGUAUUCUUUGAUGGGGCUCUUCGGUAUUACGAUGCCUACGAUAUACGGCGAAGGCGGGGAGGCGUUCAGACGGCUCCAAGAACAGAUCAUGAAGCACUCGUCGGAUCAGACCCUUUUUGCAUGGGGACAGGUGCUACCCCCCGACUUGACACGGACUUGCCUGAGCCGCGAUAUCGGGAACGCCAUCGGCACGCUCCUCGCGCCGUCUCCCCAUGCUUUCGUAGAAUCCGUGGAUUAUCGAUCAAUUCCUCCCUCCAGGAUGGCUAGUGCGACGAGCCACAGCAUGCAAGUCCCUUCCGGCGACUCCUUCGUAUGUGUAAUCACUCUUAUUGAGAAGUGUAUGGCCUAA